CCGCCGGGCCAUGGAGCCGCCGGGCCCCGCCGGGGCGCCGGGCCGGCCCUGGGAUGAAGCCAAGGCUUUCUACGACAACCUCGCCCCCAAGAAGAAACCCAAAUCGCCCAAGCCUGAGAAUGCCAUCACGAUCGCCGUGUCCUCGCGGGCGCUGUUCCGCAUGGAGGAGGAGCAGAAGAUCUACACGGAGCAGGGCGUGGAGGCCUAUGUGAAAUACCAGCUGGACCACGAGAAUGAGCCCUUCCUCCCCGGGGCUGCCUUCCCCUUCGUCAAGGCUCUGGAGGCAGUGAAUGCUCAGCUCCGUGAGCUCUACCCCGACAGCGAGGAGCUCUUCGACAUCGUCCUCAUGACCAACAACCACGCCCAGGUUGGGGUUCGCUUGAUCAACAGCAUCAACCACUAUGAUCUGUUCAUCGAGAGGUUCUGCAUGACGGGAGGGAACAGCCCCAUCUGUUACCUCAAGGCCUAUCACACCAACCUCUACCUCUCCUCCGAUGCCGAGAAAGUGAGUGGGGCCAUUGAAGAGGGGAUUGCUGCAGCCACCAUCUUCAGCCCCAGCAGAGACCUGGAGGUGUCAGAGAAGCAGCUGAGGGUGGCGUUCGACGGGGACGCCGUGCUCUUCUCGGAUGAGUCGGAGCAGAUCGUGAAGGCUCACGGCCUGGACAUGUUCUUUGAGCAUGAGAAGGCUCACGAGAACAAGCCCCUGGCACAGGGCCCUCUGAAGGGCUUCCUGGAGGCUCUGGGGAAGCUGCAGAAGAAGUUCUACUCCAAGGGGCUGAGGCUGGAGUGUCCCAUCCGCACGUACCUGGUGACGGCGCGCAGCGCGGCCAGCUCGGGCGCCCGCGCCCUAAAGACUCUGCGCAGCUGGGGCCUGGAGACGGACGAGGCUCUGUUCCUGGCAGGGGCUCCCAAGGGCCCUCUGCUCAGGAAGAUCAGGCCCCACAUCUUCUUCGACGACCAGAUGUUCCACGUGGAGGGAGCGCAGGAGAUGGGCGCCGUGGCCGCCCACGUCCCCUACGGCGUGGCCCAGAAGCACAAGCGGCCGGCGCAGGAGAAGCAGCAGACCCCAAACAGCAAAUAGUGGGGUUGGGGGGAUCCCCCAGAGCCCAGCGUGGACCUCAUCCCGUGAGCCAGGCUCCCUGCUCGUGCAGGGGGUGUUUGUUCUGGGAAUGGGGGCUCAUCCCCCCCGGGUUAGGGGCAGGAGAGAGGAGCAAAAUGUCCUUGGUGCCUCUGUUUGCUGCUGUUCCUCGUGGGGCUGGGGGCUCCUCUGUGCCAGGAGAUGUUUUCCCGGUUCAUCUGUGCACUCUGCACUUGCCUCGGGCAAAAACCCCUCGAGGAUGGGUCUGCCUUGUGUGGAAUCUUUGUGCCAGGCAGGUUUAACCUAUUUAUUUUAACCUAUUUAUUUAAAACCCCCAGUGACUCCCAAAGCCUUCUGGCUUUCCCAAGCAAAUGUUUAGGCUGAACUGGAAAAUUGGGAGCACUCAAAAGCCUUCCAAGCAGCUUUGGAACAAAAUUUUGUCCCUUUGAACUGGAAUUAAACCGUGAUAUUGUUCCUUCACA